UCAUGAGCAAGAUGCACUGAAACUGAUGUCCACUUAUCUACCAAAAGAUGGCAGUGGAGGGAGUGCUUACCAGGAGGGAGGAGGCUUGUUUGCGCUGGGCUUGAUUCAUGCUAACCAUGGUGGCAAGAUUAUUGAGUAUCUUUUACAGCAACUGAAGAAUGCAACAACAGAUAUGGUGAGGCAUGGAGGCUGCCUUGGACUUGGACUGGCAGCCAUGGGCUCUGCAAGACAAGAUGUCUAUGAGCAGUUGAAAACACAGCUUUGGGAGGAUGAUGCCGUGACAGGCGAAGCUUGUGGUCUUGCCAUGGGUCUUGUGAUGCUUGGAUCAAAAUCUGCCACAGCUAUCGAGGAGAUGGUUGGGGUACGUUCGUUUCUAUGUUUUAUUAUGCAGGUGAUGUACGCACGAAUGGAAGAAGCCGAUGCGCUCAUUGAAAGCUUGAUGCAAGACAAGGAUCCUAACUUGAGGCAAAGUGGCAUGUAUACAGUAGCCAUGGCCUAUUGUGGCACUGGAAACAACAAGGCCAUCAAAAGACUCCUUCAUGUCGCUGUUAGCGAUGUCAGUGAUGACGUAAGAAGAGCUGCCGUGACGUCACUUGGUUUUCUCCUUUUUCGAACUCCUGAGCAGUGUCCAAGUGUGGUGUCCCUGUUGUCAGAGAGUUAUAACCCUCACGUGAGAUACGGAGCAGCCAUGGCCCUGGGUAUUGCCUGCGCAGGCACUGGAUUAAAGGAGGCGAUUGCUCUUUUGGAACCCAUGACAAAUGACCCUGUGAACUAUGUGCGGCAGGGUGCUUUAAUCGCCAGCUCCCUGGUUCUCAUCCAGCAGACGGAACUUGCGUGUCCGAAGGUAAUGAAAUUCCGCGAGAUCUUCGCAAAGGUGAUCAGUGACAAGCAUGAAGAUGUCAUUGCUAAAUUCGGCGCUACCCUAGCUCAGGGAAUCCUUGAUGCCGGUGGACGGAACGUGACCAUCUCGCUCGAGUCUCGCGCGGGUCACACGCACAUGGCAACAGUUGUAGGACUGUUUGUAUUUACACACGUGUGGUACUGGUUCCCACUCUCACACUUCUUGUCCUUGGCUUUUACUCCCUCGUGUAUCAUUGGACUUAAUUCCGAUUUGAAGAUGCCCAAAAUGCAGUUCAGAUCCAACGUGAAGCCAUCAAUGUACGCCUACCCUGAACCUCUGAAGCCUCCUAAGAAAGAAGAGAAGGAAAAGGUCACUACAGCAGUUCUGUCCAUCACAGCUAAGGCGAAGGCCAGAGCAAAGAAAUCCGAGGCAUCCGAUGACAAGAUGGAAGUGGAUCAGGAAGCAGACAAAGGAAAAGCUUCAUCAGCUAAAAAGGAGAAAGAAGGCGAGAAAGACAAGUCCGAGGAAGAAUCAACUGUUGAAAAGAGUGAAAAGGAAAGUAGCGAGAAAAUGGAAGAAGACGAACCUGACUUUGAAUUGUUAGAGAAUCCGGCAAGAGUUCUACCCGCACAGCUCAAGGUUAUCUCCCUACCAGAAGACAGCCGAUACAGGCCUCUAAAACCGGUUAACAUCGGAGGAAUUGUGAUGAUGACUGACUCCAAAUCUGAUGAGCCCGAGGACUUGAUCGAACCUCUUCCUGCUUCCUCGCCCAUGGGUAUUGGCACUGAAGAAGAGGAAGACGAACCUGAACCUCCAGAACCGUUUGAGUACGUCGACGAAGAUUGAACAAAAUUUCUGCCUCAGAUUGUGUCGGUUAUUUCAUACCAUAAAAACAAUUUUGAUAAAUGUAACAAAAGAAAGGAAAAAGACAAAAACGAACUUGAGAGUACUUCUCAAAGUUUGAAAGGUCGCACUCUUGGCUUUGAGUGUCUUUCGAGUGUUAAAGAAACAGUGUACAGUUUAAUAAACGUAACAUCUGAAG